AUGGAAUUAAAGGAGGGGAUCAGGGCAGGUGCUCCUGAACCACGGCUCUCGCUGGGCGGCCGCCUGCUCACCCCCCCGCUCGCCAAGCUGUUGGCCAGGGCUGGUCUUCUGGUGACCCUCCUGCUGGCCAUCAGGCACCGGGCCCGCGAUUCCCGGCUGAGACUCAGCCUGUCGCCAUCCUCAACUACUUGGUACAUCCAUGUCAUCCUGGGCCUUCCCCCUCCCAGCUCCCACCUGGCUUCAGCUGAACUGGGCUGGAGGGUCAAGGGGGGCAGAGAUGGGGCGGGCAAGCAGGAGCAGGAAGGCCAUCCCCUGGCACUGGCCCGGGGUUCCGGCUGGGCGGCUCCUGGCCCCGGGAGAGGAGCAAGGCACAGCCCAGGUCACCUGGCAGGGGAGGGGCUGCAGGAGGCCUCCCGGGCGCCAUGGCUGGGGCUGCGGGGCAGAGGCUGGCAGCGGUGGCCUCUGCUGCUGAUUGGCGUUCUCCCUGCAGAAGCCAACAAGCAAGAGCGCAUAGUGGGCGAGAUCGCCUUCCAGCUGGACCGCAGGAUCCUCUCCAGCAUCUUCCCUGACCGAGUCCGCCUCUAUGGCUUCACCGUUCGCAACAUCCCUGAGAAAAUCGCCCAGAGAGAAAAGGACCCCUUCCUGCAGCUGAGCCCGGAGCAGUCUGACAUCAUCAUGGAGCGCUACAGUAAUGUCAUGGCCUCCUUGAAGCCCCUGGGUUAUGACCCCGAUGUCCACCCGAGGCUCACGGAGCGCACAGUGAACACCUUUGGCAUCCUCCGCGAGCGGCCGGAAGCCUCUACCCCCGAGGCAGCCGCCUACAACGACACCCAGCACCUGGAGGACGUCGUGAAGAGCGUGGCACCCCCAGACACGCUGGAGGACUGCCUGCUGCUGCUGCGCUGCCUCCACAAGCUUUCGCAUGACGACGGGAAGCCCCUCUUCAUCUGGUGACCCUGCCCUCCCUGAUUGUGCACCCCA